AUGGGUAUCUUGUACAUCGGCUUCGCCACUGGGCCAUCUAUCGCUUCCUUUGUUCUGAGGCAGACCCCAGACAAAAACAUCACCCCUCUUUUCUUCAUGUCAGCUGGCGCAUAUCUGAUCGCGUUCAUAUAUAUUCUCUUCAUUGUACCAGAAUCUCUCCAUUCAACAGACAAACCACAAGCCAAUCAACUUACUCAAGCCACACAACCUAAUGAAGACCAUACCCCGAACUCGGCCCAGGCCUCAUACCUGCGGCAAUUGGUCGCUCCUCUUGCUUCUCUUCGCCCACGUCGAGCGGGAGCCAUGCAUAAAGAUUAUACACUUACGAUCAUAGCAGUUUCGUAUUUCAUUUAUUUGCUUUCACUCGCGUUGUAUCAACUCAAGUAUCUAUACGCGGAACAUGGUUAG